AUGAGGUCGUCUAUGCUGGUCCUGUUGCUUUUCUUCAGUGCUCACGCUGUGGCCUCCGUCGGGGAGGACUCGGGCGCCGCCGCCUCCGACGCACAGCGGCGAGACUCGGGUGCCACCGCCGCCGCCCCUCGGGUGGACCCCAAACUCUUCGGCCGGCGGCGCAGGCUCUCUCCCAGGGUGCUGUUCAGCGCCCGGACGCCCGACACUGAGCCGGCAUCGCGCGGCGAGCGCAGGAGUCGGCGGCGAGCGGGGCAGCCCCAGCACCGGGGCGUGUACUCGGUGUGCGAGAGCAUCAGCGUGUGGGUGGGCAACAAGACCAAGGCCACCGACAUUUCGGGCAACGAGGUGACGGUGCUGCCGGACGUCAACAUCAACAACGUCAACAAGAAGCAGUACUUCUUCGAGACUACGUGUCACAGCUCACACGCGGGCAACUCGGGCUGCCUGGGCAUCGACACUCGACACUGGAACUCGCGCUGCACCAACUCGCACACGUUUGUGCGGGCGUUGACGUCCUUUAAGAACCUGGUGGCCUGGAGGCUCAUACGCAUCAACGUGGCCUGCGUGUGCGUGCUCAGCCGCAAGUCGUGGCGGCAGUGA